UAUCCUUGCCGCCCAUAGCAGGGUCUUGUCCUUACAAUCGUUCCAACUUUAUGGAAUUGGACAUGUCGAUCCUGCCCCCAUCAAUCGAAAUCACGCGGACCGAUUUCGAUGCGUUCUAUCCCCUUCUGGGCAGAUUUGACAUGUACAUACAACUGAAUCGGAAGGAGGGUGAGUACUAUAACGGAGAACCCUACGACUUAACGCUGCACUAUUCCAUCGUUGUAACGGGCCGUCGCAUUGACAAACAGGGUACCGUAAACUCUACUCAUCUGCUGUAUAUCUCUUUGUAG